UUCUAAAAGUGAGAUUAUCCUCAUAGAGACUAACCAAGAAAGAUGAUGAAUGAAUAAGGUGGGAUCCAACAAGAGGGUAGUGAAGAAUGAAAUAACUUAUGAAUUAUUUUUUUCCUGAGCUCAAUAGAAAAACUCAAUGAAGGAGGGCAAAGACUUAACCACUGGGUACAUUUACGAUUCUUAAUGAUUAAUAAUUUGAAGACUGAGAAAUUUGGAUAUCAUUGGUCAUAGAAAUGGAAGAAAGUGAUGAACCUGAACAGCCUAUCUCCUUAGGGAGGCAGGAAUUUAGAAGGAGAAGACGACCCAGCCAACCGAUGGUAGACAAGUCCCAGCAGACAGAUGUGACAGAAAAAAAGAAACCUGUGGCUGUAGUACAACCUCCUGCCCCUAAAGCUACCCUCAGUAUUGGUAGUAUUUCUGGAAGCAAAGGCAACCCCUCUAGUAAAGAAUAUGAGUCUCUUAGACUUUCUUCUCAACUUCAGCAAACUUGGACAAAGAGAAAGCGAGGCAUGGAAAUGACUGAUAAAUCUCUACAGACAGAUGUUCCUAUGGAAGAAAAAGUCCUAUUCAUUGAUAAAACCCUUACCCUUGAAGAACCUCCAGCCAGUGUUGGAGAAACAGCUUCUGAAUUACCACAGAGUGUUCCAGAAGUAGAGAUCCCAACAAACAGACCUAUAACUCACUUAAUAGACAGAUCUCAGCAGACCAGCUGUACUGGUGACUGGAAUUUGUUGAACAUUUGCUCUAUAGAUAAAGUGGAUAAAGAACAGCAGACAUACUUUAGUGAGUUAGAAAUUACUAUCAUGUCUAUGCCAGACAGUUCCCUGAUUAAGUCAAAGGAGGAAACAGUACCUGUUGCCCAAGAGGGUUCCUUGUUGGAAGUAAAUGGUUGUCUUGAAAUAGAGGUACUGUCAACUGAAAAAAUCCCAGAUGCCAUAAUGCCUUUCACUGAAGGGGAGUUUUCUGGCAAGAUCCAGGCUCUACCAGCUGAUGAGCUUCCUUCUGUAGAAGCUCCUGUUGACAUCAGCCAUCUGUCAGUGCAAGAAGCUCUUUCAGGCAAGUCUGAUGAUCAACAGAAAUCCCAAGGAGCUGAAGUGGCUCCUUCAGAACUUCCUACUGAAAUUCUGGUUGCACUCUCACAAGAAGUGCUUGCAAAAGUUCAAAAUUUAGCAACUGAGGCUUUCCUUGAAAGCUCAGGCAAGGUAGAGCCUGCUGUUGCUGAAGAGUCCACUGAUGGAGUUCAAUCUCUACCAUCUGAAGAGGCUUCUAAAGAAAUACCUGUGGAAGUUCAGCCACCAUUAGAUGAGCAAGCAAUAGAAGCGGUGCCUGCAGAAAUUGUUCUUGUACUAGAUGAGAAAUUUCCUGCAGAAGAGGUCUUUGAAGGAGGUCAGCCUCCAUCUACCGAGGAAGUCCCUGCAGAGAAGGCUCCUGCAGAAGUUACGCCUCCACCAGCUGAGGAAGCCCCUGGGGAAGAGACUUCUGCAGAAGUUCCACCUCCACCAACUGAAGACACCCUUGUAGAAGACAUCCCUGCAGAAAUUCCACCUCCACCAUCUGAGGAGGCCCCUGCAGAAAUUCCACCUCCACCAUCUGAGGAGGCCCCUGCAGAAGAAGUUCCACCCCCACCAACUGAGGAGGCCCCUGAAGAAGAAGUUCCACCUCCACCAACUGAGGAGGCCCCUGCAGAAGUAACACCUCCACCAACUGAGGAGGCCCCUGCAGAAGAAGCUCCACCCCCACCAACUGAGGAGGCCCCUGCAGAAGAAGCUCCACCCCCACCAACUGAGGAGGCCCCUGUAGAAGAAGCUCCACCCCCACCAACUGAGGAGGCCCUUGUAGAAGACAUCCCUGCAGAAAUUUCACCUCCACUAACUGAGGAGGCCCCUGCAGAAGAAGUUCCACCCCCACCAACUGAGGAGGCACCUGCAGAAGAAGUUCCACCUCCACCAAUUGAGGAAGCCCCUGCAGAAGAAGUUCCACCUCCACCAACUGAGGAGGCCCCUGCAGAAGAAGUUCCACCUCCACCAACUAAGGAGGCCCUUGUAGAAGAAGUUCCACCUCCAUCAACUGAGGAGGCCCCUGCAGAGGAAGUUCCACCCCCACCAACUGAGGAGGCCCCUGCAGAAGAAGUUCCACCUCUACUAACUGAGGAGGCCCCUGUAGAAGAAGUUCCACCUCCACCAACUGAGGAGGCACCUGCAGAGGAAGUUCCACCUCCACCAACUGAGGAGGCACCUGCAGAAGAAGUUCCACCUUCACUAACUGAGGAGGCCCCUGCAGAAGAAGUUCCACCUCCACCAACUGAGGAGGCCCCUGCAGAGGAAGUUUCACCUCCACCAACUGAGGAAGCCCCUGCAGAAGAAGUUCUACCUCUACCAACUGAGGAGGCCCCUGAAGAAAUUCCACCUCCACCAACUGAGGAGGCCCCUGCAGAAGAAGUUCCACCUCCACCAUCUGAGGAAGCCCCUGCAGAAGAAGCUCCACCCCCACCAACUGAGGAGGCCCCUGCAGAAGAAGUUCCACCCCCACCAACUGAGGAGGCCCCUGCAGAAGAAGUUCCACCUCCACCAACUGAGGAGGCCCCUGCAGAAGAAGUUCCACCUCUACUAACUGAGGAGGCACCUGCAGAAGAAGUUCCACCCCCACCAACUGAGGAGGCCCCUGCAGAAGAAGUUCCACCCCCACCAACUGAGGAGGCCCCUGCAGAAGAAGUUCCACCCCCACCAACUGAGGAGGCCCCUGCAGAAGAAGUUCCACCUCCACCAACUGAGGAGGGUCCCACAGAAGUUCCACUUCCACCAGCUGAUGGGGCUCCUGCAGAAAUGGCUCCUACAGAAGUUCAGCCUCCUUCCCUUGAGAGGGCUCCUCUUGAAGGUCUUCCUCUAGAAGAAGAAGUUGUGAUUCCACAAGCUGAAGAGACCCCUCUAGAAUAUUUACCUGUUGAAAUGCAGCCACUGCCAGCUGAGGAGGAUGUUGCAGAAGGGGUCCCUGCAAGAGAGGCCACUGGUGAAGUCCAGCCUUCAUCAUUUGAGGGUGCUCCAAUAGAAGAAGCCCCCGCUGAUGUUCAGCUUUCAGCAGCUGAAGUGGUUCCUGCAGAAGAGGCUUCUGAAGUUCAGCCUCUAUCAUUGGCUCCUGUAGAUGGGGACCCUGCACAGGUUCGAAUUCCACAAACUGAAGAGACUCCUCUAGAAGGGGAUCCUGUUGAAGUUCAAUCUCUACCAGUUGAGGAGGUCUUUACCAAAGUGGUCCCCGUUGAAGAGGGCCCUGCAGCUGAAAUUGGGUUUCCUUCAUCUGAAGGGGAUCCUAUAGAAGAAACUACUAAGGAAGCCCAGUUGACAUCAGUUAAGGAGAGCCUUGAAAAGGCUUCGGUUGAAGUUCAGCUCCCACCACCUGAGACCCCUGCAGAAGAGUCUCCUGUUGUUAAACAGCCUUCCAAAACUGACGCGGUUCCUAUUCAAGAGUUGCCCACGGAAGAGACACCAGCUGAAGCUCCACUUCCAUCUUCUGAACAAACCCCUGAAGAUAAGGCUCUACUAAAAGAACAUCAGUUGUACCCAGUAGCAAAUGUCUCAGAGAAAGAAUUAGAGUCUUCUUUGACAGGUGAUAGAAACUCUGAAGGAGCAGAUCCUGUUCCUGCCGAUGUGUCUAGGAGCAAGGAGGAGCCGAUCUCCACUUUCAAAAUAGAAGGUACCAUUAAAAUAGAGUUAAAAAACCCCUCCUCCUGAGCUAUAGCCAGGUCCUAACUUAAGCUUGCAACUAUACGCUAGGAGAUUCUAGAAGUGCAGUCUUUAGAAAAUGAGACGCUACCUGGAAGAACUUUCAUGAGCAGAUUAAAGGAAAAGGAUCCCAAGAGACUGAGCAUGCAGGUUGGACAAUGAAUAAAAGCCAUCGCAGUUCAAA